GAGGUGGGCGUGGUUAUGAUCCGAUUUCUUUCAUUUUUGGACUGUAUUAGGAAGUGGCUAAAAAAAACGACUGACGAAAGUUUGGUUUAUAUAGCUCUAUUGGUUUGCGAGAUAUGUACAAAAAACUUAGUAGGGGGCGGGGCCACGCCCACUUCCCCAAAAAAGUUACAUCCAAAUAUGCCCCUUUAUAGUGCGAUCCUUCAUACCAAAUUUUAUUUCCAUAGCUUUAUUUAUGGCUUAGUUAUGGCACUUUAUGUCUUUUCGGUUUUCGCCAUUUUGUGGCUCAUUUUCGAAAGCAACCUUUCUAUGGUGCCAAGAAAUAAGUGUGCCAAGUUUCAUCAAGAUAUCUUAAUUUUUACUCAAGUUACAGCUUGCACAGACGGACGCACGGACGGACGGACGGACGGACGGACAGACAGACAUUCGGAUUUGAACUCCACUCUUCACCCUGAUCACUUUGGUAUAUAUAACCCUAUAUCUAACUCGUUUAGUUUUGGGUGUUACAAACAACCGUUAUGUGAACAAAACUAUAAUACUCUCUUUAGCAACAUUUGUUGCGAGAGUAUAAAAACGAAAAUCAUCAUAUAUAGUAUAUACCCUGAGGUAAUUCCUGAACCAAAUUCACUCAUUUUCACCACCAACAUACAUUAUAUUUAAGAUUAUAUGCUCACUUAAUUUGGCUAAGAUAUUUCAUAUAUAAACCGAUUUAUAAGCUAUUAAGCCCAUCGAAUUUUUGAAAAUCCUAUAAUUAGCUAUAUGAGAGGUAGGGGAAUUUAUAACCCGAUUUUAACCAUUUUUGGUACAGAGACAAAUUAUUAGAAGAAAAAGAUUCCCUCUGAAUUAAAUUAAAAUCCCUGAGAGAUUUACGGAUAUUUUCGGUGAAAAAUUACCCUUAAGCGCUGAGGUCUUCAUAUUCGAUAUCCGGUCUUCAUCUCCGAUUGAAAAGUUAUAUAGUCCGAUCUCGAAAAUUUUUCCAUAAUUGAAGCCACAGAUGAUUACAGUAUUUGUGUACAGUUUUAUUCCGCUAUCUUCAUCGGUUCUUUAUGUAUACAUUAUAAAGUGAAGGAAUCAGAUGAAAUUCAAAAUUGAGUUAAAUGGAAAGUAGUCGUGAUUGGGAACCGAUUUCACCCAUUUUCGUGUCAUCAUUCGUGUCAUCACGGUGUCAAGAAAAUAUUAUAAACCGAAUUUCAUUGAAAUCGGUAGAGUAGUUCCUGAGAUAUGGUUUUUGACCCUUAAGUAGACAACGCGACGCCCAUUUUACAUUUAUUUUUAAUCUGAGUGUACUUUCAUUCUGCCAUUUCUUCUGUAAAAUUUAGUGUUUCUGAUGUUUUUCGUUAGUGAGUUAACGCACUUUUAGUAAUUUUCAACAUAACCUUUGUAUGGGAGAUGGGCGUGGUUAUUAUCCGAUUUCACCUAUUUUUAUGGUGUAUGAUCGGGUACGUAUGGGAAGUGACAGCAGAAAGUUUGAUUUGCGGGAUAUAUACCAAAAACCCAUUCAGGGUUUACUUUUCAAAAAAAUUACAUCCAAAUAUGCUUCUCCGUAGUAUGAUCCUCUGUACCAAAUACUAGUUUCAUAACCUUAUUUAUGGUUUAAUUAAGACACUUAUAGGUUUUCGGUUUUCGCCAGCAACUUUGUUGCGAGAGUAUAAUAACAGCUCUUCCUUUGUGUAACAUGUAAUAUGGAUUUAUAACUGGUUUACACAUAUAAACUACAUGGGUUGAAAAGAUUUUAUACUAAUAAAUAAUAAAGAAACGAUUUUUUAAUGAAUGUAAUGCUUUAUUCUUCAGAGUCAUCCAACAUUUCGAUACAUGUGGGCGGUUUCGCGGUCUUCAGAACAGGAGAUUAUUUCCAUCCACUUCCUAAUUUUAGUGAAACCAAAAUUACCUAGGAAAUAACUGCUGGAGUUCAUACUGGCGAAUAUCGGUCGACUCGCUAGCUGAAUCAGUCGGAGCUUUGAGCAAUGUUCGAAAACAUAGCAACCACAACGCGCAAAGCCUUUUUAAUAGAAACUAUGUAUUUUUAAAAUAUUUGACCUGCACUUUGAGAUGCUAAUGAUGUUAACUACCUUACUCAAUUUCAGUUUAUGACCGUCCAACCAAAUUUCACGAAUUUUAAUGAUUUUUUCUGGGCUCACUGCCGCUGGGGCAGCUUCGCUGUAACCUUAUCAAGGUAACGGUUUGCAACAACGGCCGUUUUUUUUUCAAAACUAGCAGAGCUUAUAUGUUUGCAUGUAUGCACAAAUAUUUUUACAGAAGUCUAUAUGUAUAUUUGCCAGGUGUUAAGGCAGGUUAUUUCGGUCGUGCGCAACAAGGCUGCAUACACCUACACUACUGUUCCUGCUCCAUUGAAAAGCUUUUACCCGUCAUUUUUCAGUUAAAAUCUCCCUAAUGAAGUUAUCAUAUCAAAAAUAGCCUCAGACAAACCUACAUAGGCAUGCACGGGCUACAUUCGUGUGUGUGUGCGUGUGUGUGACAGGAAGGUCGCGGUUACGCGCUUACGGUCAUCAUACUGUUCGACAUUCAUUGAACUCUUCCAAUUUGUUGCCAGAUGUUCAUGGUGCGUGAUUACUACAGGUGUGUGUGUGUGUGUGUAUUACUCCCACCCGAGUGCACACACCAAUCUGUUAGCGCCCAGGAAAGUCAAGUACCCUAUGAAUUCGGCUCUGUAAGUGCAUGCAACAAGUGCAUCCUAAAGCUGCUGCCGCUGAGCUUUUGCUCAUCCCAACCCACUGCGCUCCCACCAGCAAAUUUCUCCCCAGACUCGCCGCUUAUCGCAAUACGAUACACCCAGCAGCAGUAGCAACGACCGAACGAAGCACUACAAUUAUUGUAAACAAUCAACACAACAACGAAGUGCGUUCUAUUAGCCAAUGCGAGCGUCUACGAACACUUUCCUGCGUCGGCAACUCAUUGGCAUUUCGGCUUCGGCGGCGAACGGUUGUGAUUGUUAGCUCGAGCAGUUCAGUGUGGACGCUCGUGGUAGUUACUCAUUCGCCUCGUGGGUGGCUAACAGUGUUGUGUGGUGUUUCGCUUGUUGAGUGCAUGCCAACGGUAUUUGUUUCGAAAUCAGCGCGAUCCAACAAGUGUUUCGCGCGGUCAGCAUGCAACGCUUAAUUGCUUGAAAAAGAAAAUUCUGAGUGAAAGCGGAAAUGAAAAACAAACAUACACACAAUUAUUCGAGCAUUGAGUGCCGAAUUUACGUAUGAAUGUAAAUAUAUUUGUUGUGAAAUAAAAGUGUGUGUACUUGAGAGUUCAUUAGCUUUGGCGCCAAACGAAAAAAAUCCGCAAGUAAAAUAUUAAAAUUAUUCGCCAAUAGAUAAUGAAAAUCAAAAUCAAAAUAUACAAAUUUCUGUGUCUGUAUGUGUUCCAUCCACACUUGUAUACAUAAACACACAUUUAAGAAUGCUUAAAAAGUGAAAUGCCCACAUGAAAGUGGAGCGUGUGUUUGUACGGAAGCCAUUGCUCUACAAAUUGGAUAAUUAAUUAAGUGUUUUAUAAGUAUUUGUUUGCAAACAGUUUGGAAUAGGUGUUAAUUAGAAUACGAGUUUAUUUAGCUGUAGAAGGCAUCGAAGUCACUUCUGGAUUCUUCGAUUUGGAAUUGAAUAACUGAAAGUUCAGCGCACCAUCGAAUAAUCAGAGAUGAAAAUGGUACCUGCGGCAGAAUGGCUAGGCCUCUAUUAUAAUCCAAUAAAAGAUAAUCCAAGUAAAGCACGUGAAAGUCACACUUCAUUCACAAAGAGGAUUCCGCACAGCGCUAUACACAACUAAAAUAAAACCAACAACAAAAGCGUCUGCAAACUACAGUGAUGAUUCCAUGUUGAAAGUGACAUCGCUAUAAUGAGACGUGCCUCCAAGCAGCGUAAUCCGAGUGCGAGAAAGUCGAAUGCCAUUUGGCGACGUCGGCGUCGUUUCAACAAGUUGUUCUUGCAAAUGCGUAUAUACCCGUUAUUUCGCCUAUUGCCGGUGUUAUGGCUGCUGUUAUGCUACUGUUGUUGCUGCUGCUACUGCGCGCACAGACGACAAGCCGAGGAGUAUAGCGCACAGCUGAGUAACUGCUACAACAUGCAAUAUGGCUUCGAUAGGGCAUUGAUCGGCAUUGCACCCAAACUAUUAUUACCUAAUGCCAACAGCUCGGAUAGCGGCAAUGGCACCAACGUCAUCGCUGCAAACACCAUCACUGCGGUAAAUGAUCUGUGGACACGACAUCCCCAGCAGAGUGCUUCAGAUAUGCGCAAACAAGGCUACCGAAAAGCGCCGGUUAUGCACACAGGAUGGCAAUGUUGCUGUUGGAAUGCCACAAAUCAAGAUGAAAUCGAGUGCCACUGUGUGGGUGAAGCGUUGAUGCGAGUGCCACAGACACUCACCGUGCCGGUGCAGAGGCUUAGCAUCGCGUCGGCGGGCUUGCCGCGCGUUCGUACCACUGGUCUAAAGAAGUAUGCUGGUUCAUUGCAGGAUUUUAUUCUAAAGGACUUGCAACAUCUGGAGUGCAUCGAGGAUGGCGCAUUCGACGGACUUAAGCUGCUGCGAACUAUCUACAUUUCAAAUGCUCCGAAGUUGUUGACACUGGCACAUGAUGUAUUCCGUGGUAUUUCGGAUACCAUUAAAAUAAUACGUAUUAUAAACAGUGGUCUAAUAAGGGUGCCGGACUUGCGGCACAUUCCACCGGCCAACAUUUUACAAAUGAUUGAUCUCGACAACAAUGAAAUCACUCGAAUCGAUAAGAAUUCCAUCAAUGUUAAGACUGAUCAGCUAAUUUUAGCAAAUAACGAGAUAAGUUAUAUCGACGAUUCCGCAUUUAAUGGCUCUCAAAUCGCGAAACUUACUUUACGACAAAACAGAGUUUUGAAGGAAGUCCAUCCAAAUGCUUUUAAUGGGAUUAGCAUACAUGUAUUAGACCUAUCUGGCACUUCAUUGGUGAGUUUACCGUCGGCGGGCUUGCAGGACAUUGAGGAAUUGCGCAUUGAAGAUGUACAAACACUCAAAACUAUUCCAUCCAUAUAUAAUUUUAAGAAUUUACAAAGAGCAUUUCUGACACAUUCCUUCCACUGCUGUGCAUUCAUAUUCCCCUCGCGUCACGAUCCCCAGCGACAUGCUGAAAGAAUGAAAGAAAUUGAAAAGUGGCAGCAGCGUUGCAAAAAGAAUGACAAUGGCAAUGACAGCGGCGAUUUUUUGGAGAUGACAACUGGAAGUGGAAUCAAUGACAGCGUAGAUAAGAUGAGAGCAAAAGAGACUGAAAAUGAUUAUGAUGGCCGUAGUUGGGGCGCCAGUGGGGGUGGUAUGAGUCCACCAUAUGCUGGAGGAGUUUUUUACAGCAGUUUAGCCCGGACCGAUUUUGUUGUAAACAAUAAGGAGAACGAAGCUGAAACCAUGAACGACUACUUCGCUGAAGAAUUUGGCACAUUUCACUCGGUAAUCACUAUAAAUCCUGAUGUCAUUCAAACCGAUGAGUAUUGUGGAAAUUUUACAUUUAGAAAACAUGUUGUGGAGUGUUAUCCCAUGGCAAACGCACUCAAUCCUUGCGAAGAUGUUAUGGGCUAUCAGUGGUUACGUAUUUCCGUAUGGAUUGUUGUAACUUUGGCUGUGGUUGGCAAUGUCGCUGUGCUCGUUGUAUUUAUUUCUAUAAGAUCAGAAAAUCCAUCCGUGCCACGUUUCCUAAUGGGUCACUUGGCCUUUGCGGAUUUGUGUUUGGGGUUGUAUUUGCUGUUGAUAGCCGCUAUUGAUGCACAUUCCAUGGGUGCUUAUUUUAAUUACGCCUAUGAUUGGCAAUAUGGCGCCGGAUGUAAGGUUGCUGGCUUCCUAACAGUUUUCGCCAGUCACUUGUCGGUCUUCACUCUGACAGUCAUUACCAUCGAACGUUGGAUGGCGAUUACGCAUGCGAUGCACUUGAAUAAACGCAUUAAGCUUCGAGCUGCCUGCUUUAUUAUGGCCGCCGGUUGGGUAUAUUCCAUUGUGAUGUCACUGUUGCCGCUCUUCGGUAUCAGCAACUACUCAUCAACCAGUAUCUGCUUGCCGAUGGAGAUAAGUGAUUCUUAUGACACAGCAUUUCUGUUGGUCAUUUUGGGUUCAAAUGGCAUAGCAUUCUCGAUUAUAACGAUUUGCUAUGCCCAAAUGUAUCGAUCACUCGGCGAAGAGACGCGUCAUGCACACAGCUCUCACCGAGGAGAAAUGACUGUUGCAAAGAAAAUGGCCCUAUUGGUCUUCACCAAUUUUUCUUGUUGGGCUCCUAUAGCGUUCUUCGGGCUAACCGCACUAGCGGGCUAUCCAUUGAUAAAUGUUACUAAAUCCAAAAUUCUCUUGGUCUUUUUCUACCCUUUGAACUCUUGCGCUGAUCCAUAUUUAUACGCGUUGCUCACAUCUCAAUACCGAACGGAUUUAUAUGCUCUGCUCUCCAAAUGUGGGCUUUGCAAGAAAAGCGCAAUGAAAUACAAGAACAGCAUAUCGGCGCCGUAUACCACCACGAAUGUUACGGGGCAGGGCUCCUCUCGUCAGCAUCGCAUUUCAUCGUCGUCCUGCAGACAGGCUGAGUUGCAAUUAAUGCUGAAAAAUCAUGAGGACUUUGUGUGAAUUUUCUAAAUAUAUAUAUAAAUAUAUUCGUACUUACGGACAACCUUACAUGGUAUCCUAUUAAUGAAUUAAUUCUAUUGAAAACGGUUUGAAACGGAGAAUUUGUUUGUAAAUGUGUAUUCCUGAUUAUCCGGAUGUCACAAAGCGGAUCGAUAAGUUACGUAACAUGAAGCAAUGAUAUUUGUGUGAGAAAUGAAGAUUAUAAAUUGAAAACUGUAUUUAUAUAUGCUUUGAGAGUCAAAUUUAAUAUAAUCAACCAAACACGUAGUCCCAUACAACUCUGCAUGCGUCAACACUCUUUACAUAACCUGACAAUGUGACUAGGAAAUAAUAUCUGAUCUAACAUGGAAUCGCAAUUAGCAGCGACGUGACAGAGUUGCAUUUCAAAUAAAUGUUCAGCAAUCAAUUUGAGCAACAAAUACUAAUACUUUAUGAAGAGAUACAUGUGUGCACUUGUUGUUGUAAUUGUGUAUGCAUAUAUUUACUAUAAAUGUAGUUAAAAUUGCUGAAUCCGCACAAAAGUAUGUAAAUGUAAGAUAAUAUAUAGCAGUAUAUGUGAGUAAGAAAUGUACUCAGCAGUAAAUGUUCAUUUUAAACUAAAUGUCGUCUACACAAAACAUUAAUCCACAUCAGCUACAGUGUUGGCAAAAUCUGACGCAUAUAUGUAGAUAGUCAGAAAUAUGGCAGUCUUCAAAAAAAUCAGUAAAUCUAUAUCAAUCUGUGGCAAAAUCUUAAAGAAAGGGUGCGUAUUUGCGACAGAACUGAAGCUUUUGUGGGUUUAUCGUAAAUAUAGAGUUCACUUUGGGAGAGUAAAAAUUCCCACUCUUAAAAUUUCUAGACACUAAAAUUAGUCCAAAAAUAUUACUUCACAAAACUAACUGAUAUGUAACAAAGUACAAUGAAAAUGUAACUUGCUUUAUAGAAAUCUGAAAAAGUAGUAGUAGCAGCAUGCGAAGAAUCUUCAAUUUCUCUUAACUCUUAAUUUGAAUAGUCUUCAAUUAAAUAGUUUAUUGACUAUUUUUAUUGCAAAUUAUUGCUAAAUAAAAUACCUUUUGGUGUAUUUGAGAGGUCGAACACAUUUCUGCUAUAAGAUAACGGCAGAAUACUGAGUCUACUGCAAGUGAAGGUGAUAAAUAUGAUAGAUAGUAGAAUCAAAUAUUUAUAAACUUUUAGUUAGGUCAAAAUGCAACUAAAAGUGCAGCUGAAAGUAGAUAUCAAGAAAAUUUACAUAUAUUUUUUGAGAUUUUGUAUUGAUAAUCAGAGGGUAUUUUUAGAGGGGUUUUAUAUUUACAUAGAUAGAAAUUGCUCCUAUUGGAGAGUUUACAACUGCAUUCAGGGAUGCUUGAAAUUGUCUGAAUGUUGCAUGAAAGAUAGUAAAUACAACCAAUUAAAGCUUCGAGAGUUAGAUGCU